GACGGGCAGCAGCAGCAUGAACAAUGUCUCGGCACCACAAGGACCACAGGGACCACGUGGAGCUAAGGGCGAGCCUGGUAGAACAGGCAGCGAUGGCAAUCAUGGGUUACCUGGCGAAACAGGGCAGAAAGGAGAGAAGGGUGAUACUGGCAGCGAAGGCGAACAAGGACGACCUGGACAAGACGGAACCAAGGGAUCCAAGGGUGAACCAGGUGCAGAGUGGGCUGAAACAGACAUGAUCAAUCUCAUCCGAAACUGGACAAGCGGCGAUUCCUCCGACGCAGUGUAUGUGCCAUCCCAGCCCGGUGAUAAGGGAUCAAAGGGUGACACUGGUGAUAUGGGCACUCAGGGCUUGCAAGGUGAGACCGGCCUGAAAGGAGAGCGGGGAUCAAAAGGUGACCGGGGACUCAUUGGCGAUAAGGGUGACCGCGGAGAGCCAGGAGGUGCUGGGCCAAAGGGAGAUUCUGGAGCACGGGGACUGAAGGGAGACCGCGGACAGCGUGGGCUUGACGGAGAUCAGGGACCCGCUGGCUUUUCUGGAGAUUCCGGCCCGAAAGGCGAGAAGGGCGAUCAAGGUAUUACCGGGUAUCCAGGAGAAGCUGGUCCUGCAGGAGAAACCGGACUGCCGGGUCCUCCAGGCCCAAAGGGUGAUGCUGGCACAGGAAGCGGUUCAGGCAUUGCAUCCAUGCUGCAAAAGACGUUAACCAGUGCUUUGCCGGCCUGUGCUGAGGCAAUUGAAGGCAGCAUGUACUAUGCCACAGAUGUCAAAUCACCAAUAUUCUGCGAUGGCACCCAGUGGACGUGUCUUGUUCCCGGUCGGUGCAGUGAAGCCCCACCAGUCCGUCCAUCCCCAACACCAGCCAGCACUGACCCGGUGGAAUCGCCACGCUGUCCGGCCGUGCCAAGAGCUCCGAAUCGCUCUCCGUCGUUCAGCACGGCGGCCGAUGCCGACGGAGGCUACUUUCCCGGCACCAUCGCCAGUUUCUCCUGUAGCCAAGGGUACAUCCUCGAUGCAGGGAGCAAUCCUGAUGGCACAAUCACCUGCACAGAGUCAGGUGAAUGGUCCCAGUCACCGCCAGUCUGCACCGCUAUCACGUGCUCGCCGCCAAUUCUGCCGGAAAAUGCGGUGGGAGUGCCGCGGCGGGAAGAAUACGCCGACGGCGAAUCGGUCACUCUCUCGUGUGUCGAUGGAUUCCACCUUGUGGGUGGCAACGUCGCGGUCUGUUCAGUUGGCGGAUUCUCGUUUGUCGGAGCGGCACCGUCAUGUGUGGCUGGAUGCCCAGCCCUACCUGCAGUCCAGAACGCAAUAAAUACUGCCAGUGAUGAUCACAACGUUGGCUCUACACUACAGUACGUAUGCAACGCUGGUUAUGUCGUACGAGGUAGUGCUGAGCUGCAGUGCCAAAUCAAUGGGCAGUGGUCCGGCGAAGUGCCCAGCUGCGAACAGUUCAUCUGCCCCGAUCCUGGCCUGGUGGCGAACGGCAUUCAGCGCAUCCGCAGCCUGACAACCAGCAUUGAGUACGUGUGCAGUGCGGGCUACGAGAUUGUUGGCUCUAGCGUGCUGCAGUGCAUUGCAGGUGUGGGCUGGAAUGCCAGCGUACCGUCAUGCUUGCCCAUCAUGUGUGGACAUCCCGGGGACAUCGCCGGCGGAACACAAACGCCACCAGUGCAGACAGAGUACAGCGUGGCCACUCUUCUCCAGUACGCCUGUGUAGGUGACACAGAGUUGACGGGAAGCGCCUUGCUACGCUGCCUGCCCGACGGCACAUGGAGCGCGGCAUUACCAGAAUGCCAGCGACGCUCCUGCGCAUCAGUCAAUGUUCCGGACAACGGCGAACUCAUCGGGUCGGGACGCGCCAACGGUGACGUAAUCCGCUUCCGGUGCAACACUGGACACCGGCUGGUCGGCGAUUCCGUGCUGCAAUGCAAUGCUGAUGGGCAGUGGAAUGGCUCUGCACCGCUGUGCCAAGCAAUCCUAUGCCCUGAUCUAUCCAAUCCCAGUAACGGAGCUGUGCUAGCCAGCCCAGCAGGCAGUCGAGCUGUCAACACCAUCAUAACUGUGACAUGCCAGAGUGGCUAUCGACUUGCCGGCAACACUGGAGUACUGUACUGCAGUACUGAAGGUCGCUGGAACACAACCAUGCCCAGCUGCGAGCGCAUUACUGGAUGUAGAGAUCCAGGAGCGGUCGCGAACGCCAGGCAACGCUUCGACUCCUUUGCCAUCGGUGGACGAGCGGCGUAUUCGUGCGAGGACGGUUUCUCGGCGGUUGGCGCGCGGCUCAUCACAUGCCUGGCGACUGGCGAAUGGAGCGGCCCGCCCCCGUUCUGCAGGCCCGUGAUGUGCCCGGAAGUGCCUCACCCGGACAACGGUAGAGUGAGGGUAAGUCACCGUGGCUACAAUGGCCUGGCUCACUAUAGCUGCAAUGCGGGAUACACCCUGUCAGGACGGUCACCGCGCGCCUGUUUGAGCAGUGAAGCCUGGUCAGGACAGAUACCCCCUGAGUGCAUACCCAUAUCAUGCUCGCAACCUCCCGCGGUUAGCAAUGGCCAACUGACAGAGGACAGUGAUACAUCGUACACGUUCAAUUCGACUGUGCGAUACCAGUGCUCGCCCGGGUAUCAGCUGUCGGGUACGAAUGAGCUGCGCUGCCUGGCCAGCCAGGAGUGGAGCUCAUCAGCACCUCAGUGUGUCGUUGUCACGUGCCCCGCUCUGCCCAGUGUGCACAACGCACAGGCGCUGAGCACCGACGCCAACACUGCCGGCACCGUCGUCACGGUGCAGUGCCAGGCCGGACACACGCGCAGCCAUGACGACGAGAUCCGCUGCGAUGCGUCAGGCCAGUGGAGUGCACCGCUGCCGGCCUGCAGUCCGGUUGGCUGCGGCAAUCCCGGUGAUAUCGCCAAUGGUGUUGCCACCGGCGCCUUGUACACAUAUCCAAACUCAGUGGUGUACUUCUGUGAUGAUGGGUAUACACUGAUUGGCAAUGAUGAGCUGAACUGCCAGGCAAACGGCCGCUGGAGUUCACCAGUCCCGUCAUGCAGUCCAGUUGAGUGUCCCGAUCCUGGCCCAGUGCCUAAUGCACAGCGGAGUGGAGACACACUCGUCUAUAACUCACGGGUUACGUAUACCUGUAACCCUGGCUACAAUCGCCGUGGCGAUGACACACUUGUGUGCCAGGCGGACGGCUUCUGGAGCCGGCCGCUGCCGGACUGUAUGGUGCGUAGCUGUCCGGAUCCGGGACAGAUAGAACACGGACAGCAGCAGGCCAGCAGCAGCUUUGUGCCUGGUGGUAGCGGCGUUCGGUAUCGCUGUGAUACUGGCUAUGAGUUGAGAGGCACUGCCUCACUGACGUGUAGUGACAAUGGCGAGUGGAGCGCUCUUCCACCAGAGUGUGCACCAGUUAGCUGCGGCAGCCCUGGCACGGUGGCAAACGGCGUCGCAACCGGCACAGCGUUUGCAUUCGGCGACGUCGUGGCAUUCAGCUGUGACCUUGGCUAUCAGCUAUCGGGUAGCAGCUCGCUUUCCUGUUUAGCUGACGGCUUCUGGGAUGCACCUCUCCCAACCUGUGGCAUUAUCACCUGCGACGACCCUGGCCAAAUCAGUAUAGGGAACCGAGCAGGUGAAAGCUUUGCCUACAACAGCCUAGUGAGCUACAGCUGUCCAGAGAGGUAUCAACUUGUCGGACCAGAGGAAUUGACAUGCCUUCCCAAUGGUCAAUGGGAUGGAGCGCCGCCUCGCUGUGAGAUCGCUGCCUGCAUUGACCCGGUAGACGUGAGCCAUGCCACAAGAGAAGACCAGGCUAAUUUGAAUUUCCCGAUUGGCAGUUCGGUGGUCUAUACAUGUGCAGCCGGCUACUCCAUGACUGGUACGGAUCGAGUGGAGUGCUUGCCGACAGGAGAUUGGAGCAUUCCGUAUCCAGUGUGCGCUGAGAUACUGUGCCAGGAACCUGGCAUUCCACGCAAUGGACAGCGGACAGUACACGUCGGUCCCUUCACAGUCGGUAGUCAACUGACGUAUUCCUGUGGUGGCCCAUACAUCGUGAGAGGGGAGGCCAGCCUAACCUGUCUCGCAACUGGCCGGUGGAGCGCUGAAGCGCCGCGCUGUGAUGUGGCGCGGUGUCCAGAAAUCGGCCCGGUCGACAACGGCGAAGUCAUGGUGGGAAACCGCAGGCCCACCUCGAUAGCAACAGUCUCCUGUGAUCUUGGUCACGAGGCGAACGGCAGUAUUCUAUUGUUCUGCACGGAUGAGGUGGAGUGGGCACCGCCAGUGCCCAGCUGCCUGCCAAUAGUCUGUCAAGCACCGGCCAGCCCUCUUGUCAUCGUGUCCGACGGGGCACGCCUGACCGAGUACAGCUAUCUAGCGUCGAUCACCGUUGGCUGCAUAGCUGGCUUUGAGCUUAGCACCGCACAGACCAGCAGCACCAGUGUACUGUGUGGUGGCAGUAGCCAAUGGGAGCCUAGCACCAGCUGCCAGCCAGUCAUGUGCGCAGCACCAGUCGUCACCAGCGGUGUACAGGUGACGGGUGACUACGCAUACAACUCGCAGGUCAACUUCUCCUGUGCGGGCACUGCACGGCUUGUGGGCGCUUCGUCGGCUACGUGUCUAGAGACUGGAUCAUGGUCGGCGGGCGCACCCACGUGCCAACCAGUUUGCUCCGACCCCGGCGUACCCACGUCUGGCACUAGGAUAGGCGCAGCAGCACGUGAUACAUUUGCAGUUGGCAGUACAGUGACGUACGUGUGUGACCGGACGCAUCGCUUAGUCGGGACAGCCACCCUGGAAUGCACAGCAUCCGGCAGCUGGAGCGAAGCAGCACCAACAUGUGAACUAGGCAACUUCCAGAAUUGCCGUGAGGUGCUGGACGGUGGUCACACACAGUCUGGCCUGUAUCCUGUGCGGGGCCUGUCUCUGUGGUGUGACAUGGACACCGACGGUGGUGGCUGGUUCGUCUUUCAGCGGCGUAACGGCACACUCAACUUCAACCGCACCUACGAGGAGUACCGCACCGGAUUCGGACGGCCGGACGGCGAGUUCUGGUACGGCAUGGUGCCGCUGCGUCGACACCUGCAAGGCUCACUGAGCGACUUGCGCAUCGUUGUCGAGGCAUUCAAUGGGGUAACCGCAUACGCAGAGUAUGGCAUAUUCCGCCUGGGCGGAUCCAAGAAGCAGUACAGUUUGAUCAUAGGCGAAUACACAGGGACGGCCGGUGACUCGCUGGACAACAUUGCGCCGACGCAUGCUGGCGCUAAGUUCUCUGCAUACGAUCGUGAUGGUGAUGGAGCAAGCACGAACUGUGCCCGUGAUUUCGGAGGCGCAUGGUGGUACAGUGAUGUGUGCAUUGGCAGCAAUCUGAACGGAGUGUACAAGUUGCCCACGCAGCCACCACCAUACGGUCUAACCUGGCCAACAUACGUCUCCGAAGGUCCGCUGAAAUCGGUCAGCAUGAUGAUACGACGCAAACAACGCUGAAGGAUACGUGCACGGCUACCAACCUAACACGAUAUGCUACGCGCGCACAACAGUGACUUCUGCUGAUCUCACCACUGCUGAACCAGUAUCGACAUGCACAUCACACUACAGUCUCUCAAGCUAUAGCAGCGUUUACACAACAGAGAGCCCUGAUUAGUUUUCGCUGUUCCAACUUCUAAGCACAUACCGGUAUCAUGCACACAGACAAGCACUCAGAAGCUCACCGCAUAUAUUCAAUGAACGAUUAUAAUACUUUACAUGCUGUAAGCAAUACAAGUUAGUUUAAGCUAGGCUACUGCUGAUGUGCUACAUUAAAAAAAAGAACUUUUGUUGCUGUUUCUUGGGAUGAUUAUUCUGCUGGAAGAAAAUAAAUUUUCAAGCCACUGCA